AUGUCACAAUCACUUAUAAUAUUUGAUACAUCAGGUAAAGUCUAUUAUCAAUAUAAUAAUAAGAUUAAUCCAUUUAAUGAAUUUAUUUCAUCAAUUGUUAAUGAAACUCAAUUAAUUGAAUUAGAUGUCAAUUAUUUAACUAAAGUCAUUAAUAAUAAACGAUUUUAUAGUUAUAAAAAGGCUAAUGUUUAUAUUGCUUUAUAUUUUGAUGCUAUUACAACUUUAGAUAGUGAAAAGAUUAAACAAUCUUUCUUAGAAAUGUUAAAAGUAUUUAAUAAAUUAAAACAAGAAGAUGAUAAUGAUGAAGGUAAUAAUAAAUUAAAAGGGAUAUUAGAUUAUCAAUUCAAUCAAUUGAUGAAAUUGAAACAACAAGAAGUAGCUACUCCUACCAGUGUUAUAGAUAGUGCUAAUACUAGUGGAACUGUUACUCCAAGAAGAGGUGCCAUGGCAGCUGCAGCAGCAGCAGCUCAUAAAGGAUCAUCUAAAAAGAAGAUGAGAAAAUGGGAUGGUGAAGAAAUGGUUGAUUAUUCAGACGAUCAAGCGACUGCUUUAGAUUAUUCUAAAUUAAAUAAUAAUCAAAGUAAUGACAAUCUUACUUCCAAAUCAGAACAAAUGAAAAUUGAUGAUGAUGCAUUUAUUAAAGAUAAUGGAUUGGUAUUAGUUAAUGAAUUAAAUGAAAUCUUAAAUGAAUCAGAUGAGGAAGAUGACCAAACUACACAACAACAACAAGAAUCAACUAAAGUAUCAGGAUUCUUUUCCAAGAUUACAUCAUAUUUAGGUGGUUCAAUUAAUUUAGAAGAUGUUUCAAAGCAAUUUAAUGAUCAUUUAAUUUCCAAGAAUAUUGCUCCACAAACUUCAAGAAUUAUAAUUGAAAAGAUUAAAUCAAAAUUAUCAAAUCAAAAACAUAUAACAUUAGCAAUUUAUAAACAAACUUUAAUUGAAGAAUUAACUAAAAUCUUAACACCAAAUGUUUCAACAGAUUUAUUACAUGAUAUUAAACGAAGGUCAAUUCCUGGUAGUAGACCAUAUGUUAUAUCAGUAGUUGGAGUUAAUGGAGUUGGCAAAUCAACUAAUUUAGCUAAAUUAGCUUAUUGGUUUUUACAAAAUAAUUUAAAUGUAUUAAUUUGUGCAUGUGAUACAUUUAGAUCAGGAGCGGUUGAACAAUUAAAAGUUCAUGUUAAUAAUUUAACUAAAUUAAAUGAAUCAUCAACAACUACAACUUCAAAAAUUGAUAUUUUUGAAAAAGGUUAUGGAAGUGGUGAUCAUGUUGUUCAAACUGCAAAAUCAGCCAUUGAAUAUGCUGAAGCUAAUCAAUUUCAAAUUGUAUUGAUUGAUACUGCCGGUAGAACUCAUUCAAAUACUAAAUUAAUGGCUCCAUUAAAGAAAUUUGGUGAUGCUGCAAAUCCAGAUAAGAUUAUCAUGGUUGGUGAAGCUCUUGUUGGUACUGAUUCAGUUGAACAAGCUAUAAAUUUUAAUAACGCAUUUGGUAAUAAGAGAAAUUUGGAUUUCUUUAUAAUAUCAAAAGUUGAUACUGUUGGUGAUUUAGUUGGAGCAAUGAUUAAUAUGGUAAUGGCUACUAAAGUACCGAUAUUAUUUGUUGGUACUGGUCAAACUUAUACUGAUAUUAAGAGAUUAAGUGUUAAACAAGUGGUUGAAAUGUUAAUGAGAUAG